GCUGCUCACAAAGCAGGCAGCCCCCUGGGCCUGGAACACACACCCUGGUGCCCCUCCUAGCAUGGCAGGAUGUGCAGUGGGGUUCAGGAAGCCCUGAAAACUGAGAGGCUGCAGAAAAUGCCUGUCCUGACCCCCCUCUCUCAGGCUGCACUCUCAAGUGGGUCCUUUUGGUGACUCCCAUGCCUGCUCUGACAUGGUGAGGACUGUUCUCCCAGGUCAGUGACCCAGGGCCAGGAGAGAUCUGAGGAGACUUGAGGGCAGACAGCUCUGAACUCAACCCUUGGCUCUGAAAGCCCCUACCUCCUGUCCACAUGAAGGCUUGGUCCCAGGUGUCCAAGUCCCAGGAGAAGGAAGACUCCGAGGGACACAGAACAUCUCCUGAGGUGGUCCAUGCUCAACCAGAGAAGCCAAGGAGCCAGAAGAUCGCGAUCAAGAAGGUAGAGCUCAGGUGCGAGGCCAGCCACACCAAGGGACCGCGCAUGAACAAGCAAAUGGCGUGUACCAAGACCCUCGAAGAGACAGGCUUGAAUCCAGCCCUGUCUUCCUCAUUCUCCCACUCACCAAGUGCGCCCAACCUGGAGUCUCCUAGCUGGCCCACCUCCACCGAAGUGUUGAAAGUCUGCAAGCCUAAGCAACCAGUGCUCAAGCAGUCAAAGAAUCGGAGUCCGAGCCCCCUAAUUUUAACAUCUGGAUAUAGGAAAGACUUUUCCCUAGGCAUUCACCAAGGUUUUCCAAGUUCCCCAUAUCAUGAGUCACCAAGCCAAGAGUUACCCAAUGACCCCACAUCCACCGCAGUUCUGAGAGUUUGUGAACUCCCACAUCCAGAGCCCAGAGAGAAGGAGGGUCCUGGGACUGUAUGGCCACUGGUUGAAACAUCUGGAAAUAGCUGCACAGGAAGCAGAAAGAGAUACCAGUAUCAAAGGAGAGAGACACCUUACUCCACCUGGUCAUGGAAAAAUGAAGAUUUGCACCCAAAAUUUGUGCAGUUGCUACUUCUACACACUCCUUACCACAAAGACUACGAGUCCUUGAACCGGGAAAGCUGGGAUCACGGGGUGGUUGAGGAGCAAGGGCAUUUGAUUGAGGUCAGAGACUUAUUUGGCUCAGACCUGGGUCCCCAGGAAGGGCCUCACACAGUCGUAUUGCAUGGAGUUGCUGGAAUUGGGAAGUCCACACUGGCCAGGCAUGUGAGAAGAGCCUGGGAGGAGGGCCAGCUAUACAGAAACCACUUCCAGCGUGUCUUCUACUUCAACUGCAGAGAGCUGGCCACGUCCAAGCUGACAAGUCUGGAGGAACUCAUCACAAAAGACCAGUCCGCCACUGCGGCUCCCGCUGGACAGGUCCAAUGUCAGCCGGAGCAGCUGCUCUUCAUCCUCGAUGGUUUAGAUGAACUGGAAUGGGUCUCAGAGGAGCAGAGGGCAGAGCUCUGUCUGAACUGGAGCCAGCAGCAGCCCGUGCAGACACUGCUGGGCAGUUUGCUGGAGAAAACCAUAUUUCCAGAGGCAUCCUUGCUAAUCACAGCUCGGACUGCAGCUCUGCAGAAGUUCAUUCCUUCUUUGAAGCAGCCAUGUUGGGUGGAGGUCCUGGGGUUCUCUGAGUCUUCCAGGAAGGACUAUUUCUAUGAAUAUUUCACAGAGGAAAGCCAAGCAACUAGAGCCUUUAGCGUGGUUGAAUCAAACCAAGCGCUCUUGACCAUGUGUCUCAUGCCCUUGGUGUCCUGGCUGGCCUGCACUUGCCUGAAGCAGCAGAUGGAGGCAGGGGAAGAACUCUCGCUGAGGUCACAGACCAUGACAGCCCUCUAUCUGCACUACCUUGCCCAAGCUAUCCAAGCUCAGCCCCUGGGGACUCAGCUGAGGGGCUUCUGUACUCUUGCUGCUGAGGGUAUCUGGCAAGGAAAGACUCUGUUCAGUCCAGGGGACCUCAAGAAGCAUGGAUUAGAUGGGGUCAUCAACGCCACUCCCUUAAAGAUGGAUGUUCUUCAAAAGCACCCCACAUCUCUGAACUACAGCUUCACUCACCUGUGUUUCCAGGAGUUCUUUGCAGCAGUGUCCUUUGCCUUAGGGGACAUGGAGGACAAAAGUGACCAUCCUAACAGCACUGGAAGCAUGGAAAAGUUGGUAGAAGUAUAUGGGAUCAAUAACCUGUUUAGGGCACCAACCGUGCAUUUCCUAUCCGGCCUUUUGAGUGAGCAAGGAGCGAGAGAGAUGGAGAACAUUUUCCAAUGCAAGCUGUCUUGGGAGAGAAAGCGGGAGUCACUGCUGCGGCGGGCUGAAUUGGAACUCUGGUGUGAGCAUUACUCUCUGCAACUGUUUCACUGUUUGUACGAGAUUCAGGAUGAGGAGUUCCUGACACAAGCAAUGGCCCAUUUCCAAGGAACGAGAGCAUGCAUCCGAACCAGCAUGGAGCUGCUCGUGUUCACUUUCUGCAUUAGAUUCUGCAGCCACGUGCGGCGGCUUCAGCUGAAUGAGGGCAGACAACAUCCAGGAGCAUGCAGGCCCACUGACACAGUGCUGUUGAGCUGGGUCCCGGCCACAGAGGCCCGCUGGCAGGUUCUCUGCUCCGUUCUCCAGGUCACUGGAAACCUGAAGGAAUUGGACCUGAGUGGAAACAUCUUGAGCCGCUCUGUAGUACAGAGUCUUGGUGAGGCCCUGAGAUGCCCUGGGUGCCAGCUAGAGACCCUGCGGUUGGCCAGCUGCGGACUCACAGCUGAGAGCUGCAAGGACAUUGCCUCUGGGCUCUGCGCCAGCCAAACCCUGAUGCAAUUGGAAUUGAGCUUCAACACAUUCCUGGAUGCAGGAGCUGAGCACCUUUGCCAGGGCCUGAGACAGCCAACCUGCAAGCUGCAGCGACUGUUGCUGGCAGGCUGCGGCCUCACGUCCGGCUGCUGCCAGGACCUGGCCUCUGUGCUCAGGGUCAGCCCCAGACUGAUGGAGCUAAACCUGCUGCAAAAUGACCUGGACGACCUCGGCGUGAGGCUGCUCUGUGAAGGACUCAGGCACCCUUCCUGCCAGCUCAUGUUCCUAUGGCUGGACCAGACUCAGCUGAGCAAGGAGGUGACCGAGAUGCUGAGGGCCCUGGAAAGAGAGAAGCCUCAGCUGCUAGUCUCCAGGAUGUGGAAGCCAAGUCUGAGGAUCCUUCACGAGGGCCCAGGUGGAGCAGAGAUGAGCAAUACAUCCUCACUCAAGCGGCAGAGACAAGCAUCAGAGGGCAGCUCUCCUCAAGCAGCACAGGCGAGACCCUUCUGUCCGUCUUCUCCUACCCCUCCGGGGAACGAGCCCAUGGAGUCUCUAGGGACUGAGGAUAACCUCUGGGGCCCCACAGGGCCUGUGGCUACUGAGGUGGUUGACGAAGAGAGGAGCCUGUACCGCAUUCACUUGCCCGAGGCCGGCUUCUACCACUGGCCAAACACGGGUCUCCGCUUUGAGGUGAGAGGGCCAGCGACUGUUGAAAUUGAAUUCUGUGCCUGGGACCAGUUCCUGAGCAGGAAUUUCCCACAGCACAGCUGGCUGGCUGCAGGGCCUCUGUUUGACAUCAAGGCUGAACCAGGCGCUGUGGCAGCUGUGUUCCUCCCUCACUUUGUGGCCUUCCGAGGGAACGAUGUGGACAUUUCUCAGUUUCAAGUGGCCCACUUCAAAGAGGAGGGGAUGCUCCUGGAGAAGCCAGUCAGGGUGACGCCAUGUUAUGCCGUCCUGGAAAACCCUAGUUUCUCGCCCAUGGGAGUUCUACUGCGGAUGGUCCACACUGCCCUGCGCUUCAUUCCCAUCACCUGUACUGUGUUGCUCUACCAUUACCUCCAGCCUGAAGAAGUUACCUUCCACCUCUACCUGGUCCCCAGCGAUUGCUCCAUUCAGAAGGCCAUAGACGAUGAAGAAAAGAAGUUCCAGUUUGUGCGAAUUCACAAGCCACCCCCGCUGACCCCGCUCUACAUGGGCUCCCGCUACAUUGUGUCUGGUUCAGAGAAGCUGGAAAUACUGCCUGAGGAAUUGGAGCUCUGCUAUCGGAGCCCCAGAGAAUCUCAGCUGUUCUCUGAGUUCUACGUUCGCCAUUUGAGGUCAGGGAUCAGGUUGCAAAUAAGAAGCAAGAAAGAUGGGACUGUGGUGUGGGAAGCCUUGGUGAAGCCAGGAGAUCUCAGACGGGCAGUUACUCUGGUCCCUCCAGGCCUCAGAGCCUCACCUGACUCCCCAGCUGCCCUGAGAUUGAGGCACUUUGUGGACCGAUAUCGGGAGCAGCUGGUGGCUCGAGUGACAUCCGUGGAACCUGUCCUGGACAAGCUGCAUGGACUUGUGCUGAGCGAAGAACAGUAUGAGGGGGUGCGGGCGGAGGCCACUGCACCAGGCCAGAUGCGGAAGCUGUUUGGUUUCAGCCGAUCCUGGGACUGGGCCUGCAAAGAUCGCCUCUACCAAGCCCUGAAGGAGACCCAUCCUCACCUAAUCAUGGAACUCUGGGAGAAGUGGGGCAGUGAAGAGACCAGGUCGGGCUCCUGACAAGCUAGGCUGUGAGUCCCGGCUCUGCCUGAGAGCACCUGGGUCAUUCAUCGGGAAACAAGUUACCAUCCGAGUUGCCUUCUAGGCCUAAAGAAAACUUUGAUGAUGAUGCCUUUGCUGGACCUUACCUUGCCCCGCCCAGGAAAGCCACACAGGAACCCAGACAGCCUCCCUUGGCUUUCAUGGACCAGCUGUCCAGGUGAAACGACAGCAUCUCAGAGAAUGUCCAUCUGGAGCUGGCAGGACUUCUGCAGACCCAAGAGCCUGGUCCGCUGGCCACAGCCGCCAAACCCAGACUCCUCCCUGUGCUCUCCAGAUGCAGAGAGGAGCAGAGAGAACGAGGGCCUGGGGGCGUCUGGCUGGAGAUAGGCAAUGGAAAUGGACACCUUGGGGGCUUUGAAUGGCUUGUGAACAGGAACAAAAACAGGUUGGUUUUUCACUUGUCCAGCCAGGGCUGGGGCACCCACGCUCCCCUCAGGGCCCUCCUAGGGUUCAUUCCCAGGAGAACUCGAGCCCACCCACCAACCUGUAGACAGGCCAAGAAAAGAAAAGGACGCAGAGGCUCCUCCAUGCAGAAGGCGCGACCGAGGGUGUCUCUACUUUCCAGGCUCCCCCAAACCCACAACCCCAGGCUCACCCAUGGGGGGCCAUGAAGAGGGAGGUUUACCCCCAAGGCUCCAAGGCAACCCCUCCUCAAAGACAGUGGCUGGAGGGCUGCGGUCUCACUCCCAGGACAUCCUGUUCCACACAGACCAGCAAACUCCUGGGAUAAUGCAGAGAUGUCUCCCCAAAUCACAAAAUAUUUGAGCACAGAAAGUGACUUGGCAACAACUCCCAAAUAAAGUCAGGGGAAAUGUCACUGUGCAAACCAAAACUUCUGGUUGAUGUCAGCUGUCAGUCAUGGGUUGUUCGUUUCUACAGGGAGAACAGAUAACAAAGGUCAGACAGGCGGGUGCGCACGCUAUACACACUGUUCCCCCAAACCACGAGAUGACAGAGUAUCAAACACUCCAAAACACAAGCCCUCUAUUUUCACUCACACCCGCCCAGCCUUUCCGCUCCCAACUGGCCCCAAGGCCUGGAAGAGCUGAAGUGUGCAUAAGUUCCAGAAUGAUCGAGAGGAAACAGAGACCACAGCUGGGGAUAGGGUGGCCCCAGGAUACGCAAAGGUGCCCAGGCCGCCCGGUCUUCCCACAAGCUCUUGGAGGAGCUCAGGCCUCUGGCAAGAAGCCUCCUGGGGGCGCAUCCAGCUGAGUUUUCUCCCUAGCUAGGAGGGUGGCGACCGAAGACCUCUGCAGACUAAGUGUGGGAAAAGCCCAGGUGCAGCGCCACCACGGGGUGUGCUCUGGGCCAAGACCCGGGCUCGCUGGACCGCAGGGAGAGGAGGCAGAGGUCAGGGGUGAGGGUGUGUGAGGAAGGGUCUGCCUGCUCUGCCCUCUCCCGCGGGGCUCCCCUACUCACUUCCCUCCCUUCCAGUGCAUUGCAUCUCUCAUUCCGGAGGCCCAGUAAUCUAUUCCCAAAUGGGGAGUCAUCUUCAUGGCAGCCAACUGAAAAGAGGGCCGGGUCUUGGGGGAGGAGAAUGGCCCGAAACAAAGGCAGGUCCGGAACUGGGGGAAAGAUGCUUGACUACUUUGGAUCCGAAUCCUAAUCGCCAACAGUUGGGGU